AAGCCGGCAUGAAGUAUUCUAAAGCCGAGAUUACAGCAUCAGAAACAGUUGAUAAUUAGACGUAGAACGCAACGCAAGCAAAAAUAAAAAAAUGAUCUUUAAAUAUAUAAUGCUUGUUAUUGCGAUGCUGGUUUUGGCAGAGUGCAAACCGGCAAAACAAUAUCAAUUUAUACCGGCACGUUGUGUGGACCAUCCAGGAGCGGAGCAACAGAUUGGAGGACCUUUAAGCCUGUGCAGUUUUCCGCCCAAGUAUCAAACAGCUGACAAUGAGGAUAUACAAGCAGUUAUUAAUCAUAUAAAAGGCUUAAAUUUAAAUUAAUCGACUUUUUAUGUUAACUUGUUGUUUAGAGAACUUUACACUUUAUUUGCAUAAACGGCGCACGAUUAAAAGAAAUCAAAUAUAUAA